GUAUCUCCUUGUACUGGUUUGAAUUCUUAUCGCUCGACGGUGUCCCAAUGAAGAGAUCUAAGAUCACCGUCAUGCAGUUGGGGUGUGCGGGCGGCCUCGACUCGCCAGUCCAGCAAUGCGCAUAACGUUUGGGUCAGUCUCUCGACAAGCUUGAAGCUAACGAGAUGGCCAAUGUUGCAUAAUAUAUCGACUGCCUGACAUUCGAUGAGCCAGGAUACGAACUGGACCUUUGAUCUGGUGAUGUUUGGUGGAAGCCUUGUUACUCUAGGCCAGCAAGGGUGGGGGGGAGGCAGGCGGUGCCGGGAGAUCCUGCUCGACGUGGAUGUGAAUCGUGCGGAAGCGUUAUCCGUAUGCGGCAAGGACGGCAGCAUCGAUGCAUUGCAUGACGCAGUCGACGUUCUCAAGAACGAGGAACUGCGGUGCCUGAUCUCGAUGAUUGAGGCCGAUUCCGAGCUGUCUACAAAUCCUGCAGUAUGCCGUCGAAGUCAGACUGCUGCAGCCUUGCUGCUGCAGAGAAUGCUGCGAGAAUCUCCAUCCAUGUCUCAGCUGCUCCUUCAGGAGAAGUUCUUGGAAGGCCUGGUGUUGAUGGUAGACGAGGGCAGGCCUGCCAUGCAAGCCGCUGCAGCCCACCUUCUCGCUGAGCUGGCAGCCAGUCCAGACGCCUGCAAAGCCAUCUGCCAGGCGCAGGGAGGCCUGGUGGUGGCCAUGCUGUUGAAGACCAGCCGCAGUGCAGCGGCGCGCGCGGCCGCCGCCGGGUGCCUCAUGAAGCUGCUGCCGCAGCUGAGCGCCCUGGAGCGCCAGAUCCUGUGGUCCAUCUACCCCCAGCAGCUGCCUCCCGGGGGGUCCUAAAAUGUAUAUUUACUUAGUACCCCCACUAGCGGCCAAUGGCGAUCGUGGACCUCCCACAUGCAGAAUAGUGCACCCCACCCGAUGGAUUUAAAGACACUGCCAAGCAUGCUAUUCCCCUCUUCUCUGAAGGCUGCCCACAGAAUGCAGAGCUGCUUCUCGUCCUGGUGGGUGGCUUGGACCGAGGACUGCUCAGUAUAACUUUGGGUGGGUCCAAUCCCUUUGAAGCAAAGUAUCUUUUUGCUGGCUAGAUUGCUAAGACGCUUGCUUUCCAAGGUUGUCUGUGCUACUUUAUCGUCGUUUGCAUCAACAAUCGUGCUGCUCUUUUUUGAGACCCAAAUUUUGGGAGAUCCAAACAUUUGGAAGCUCCUAUUUAUUUGCCGCACCCCACAAUCAAAUUUGCAACGAAUCUAUUGCAGUGCCAUUAUUUGAAGGGACCCUGGAGGACCAGAGUUGCUUGCCAUGCUGGGAAUGCCAGCAUGCUGAGCCAGAUACACUGCCACAGGCAUGCUGUGUGCUGUGUUGUGAGAGGCCGCGCUGGGAAGGAUUUGGUUUUGCUUGAAAGUCACUGGAUGGACAUAGCUUCCACACCCGGCAUCAGGAGGGAGGUUGUCGGGCUUGGGCAUAUAGACAAUUCGGGAAAUCGCCACGCCAUUGCCAAUGGUGCAUGAACAGGGUCCCAGAUCAGUUGCUCGCAAGUGUAAUGCGAGAAGAGGAAGCCAUUUGCCCUUUUAAGGGACCGUAAGGGGGGACCCUGGAUUGCUGGAAUGCGCGUGUGGGGAAAUAGGGCACUGCAGCAUUGGGGGUGUAGUCCGUGGGGCAGUGAGGCAGAGUUGUUGGAGAAGGAUUCAUGUGGUCACCAUAGUAAGGCACCUCCAAACAGCUUGAUGGGUACUUGCUGUCCUGUCUUCCAUGCUCCUGGCUCCAAGCUUGCUCUUGUCAUACUGGCAUUUAGGUACGUGUGCAUGAAGGCUGAAAAGGUCCUUUCUCAAACUAGAGAAAGUGCAUAUGUUACAUAGUGUGGUACAUUGCAGCAAGUCUUGUAACAUCAUCCUUGGCCAAAUAAAUUGUUUUUGUUGCAAAUACGCAAAUCCAAGAUGUUCUUUCAUUAGAUAUUGCUUGCCUGUUGAACGUGUACUACAGAGCGUGUGGCGUUUUGUUGACACCAGCUACGCCGUUAAUGAGAAAAAUGGUGCAUCGCUUGGAUGACGUAGAACAAUUUGUCUUGAAGACUCCAGGUCGGUACACAUGAAGCCGUUCAUGCUUGCCCCUCGACAUCACUUCUGCCCAUCACCAGCAAAUUAUCUCCACCAACAUCCUAUGAUUGUAAUUCAGAUGGAUAAUAAAAAAUUGGGGUGUCCGGCGCAUGAAAAAAAUGCCAAGCUGACCUGAUCUGUUCUGUGAUUCCACAGGUCCAAUAGAAGUCAACCUGGGUAGGUAAAACCUCAAUUAC